GUUUUCAAACUCUUGAGAUUAACUUCAUUUUCACCACAAUAAUAUAUAGCAAAGAACUAAGUGAAUCUGCAUAGCAAAAGCAAAGGAAUUAAUACUUAAAAUGGCAAGGCCACAUGUAAUGGUUGUACCUUACCCAGCACAAGGGCAUGUGAUUCCUCUAAUGGAGCUUUCACUGCUCUUAAUCAAACAAGGUAUCAAAAUAACCUUUGUGAACACCAAAGACAACCAUGAGAGGAUCAUGAGUGCAUUGCCAAGUGGGAAUGAUUUAUCAUCUCAAAUUAGUCUAGUGUGGAUAUCUGAUGGAUUAGAAUCCUCAGAAGAGAGGAAAAAGCCGGGUAAAUCAUCAGAAACGGUUUUGAACGUUAUGCCACAGAAAGUUGAGGAGCUAAUUGAAUGCAUCAAUGGAUCAGAAAGUAAGAAGAUCACAUGUGUGCUUGCUGAUCAGAGCAUUGGAUGGUUACUUGAUAUUGCAGAGAAGAAGGGAAUUAGAAGAGCAGCUUUCUGUCCUGCAUCAGCAGCACAGUUGGUGUUGGGAUUGAGCAUCCCAAAGUUGAUUGAUAGAGGGAUCAUAGACAAAGACGGAACUCCAACGAAGAAACAGGUCAUUCAGCUAUCCCCUACAAUGCCAAGUGUAAGUACAGAAAAACUUGUCUGGGCUUGCGUGGGGAACAAGAUUGCUCAGAAGCACAUUUUCCAACUCAUGGUGAAAAACAUAAACUCCAUGCAAAAAACUGAGUGGCUUCUUUGCAAUUCAACUCAUGAACUUGAGCCUGCAGCAUUUUCUCUGGCUCCACAAAUCAUACCUAUAGGGCCACUUCUUUCAAGCAAUCAUCUUCGCCACUCUGCAGGCAAUUUCUGGCCACAAGACCUCACUUGUUUAAAAUGGCUAGAUCAACACUCACCAUGUUCAGUAAUAUAUGUUGCAUUUGGAAGCUUCACAACUUUUAGUCCAACCCAGUUCCAAGAACUGUGUUUAGGUCUUGAACUUACCAAUAGACCUUUCAUUUGGGUUGUGCAGCCAGAUUUCACAGAAGGGUCAAAAAAUGCAUAUCCAGAAGGGUUUGUACAAAGGGUGGCGGAUCGUGGUAUAAUGGUGGCAUGGUCACCACAGCAGAAAAUUCUGAGCCAUCCUUCAGUUGCUUGCUUCAUAAGCCACUGUGGUUGGAACUCCACACUGGAAAGUGUCAGCAAUGGGAUCCCAGUGUUGUGUUGGCCAUACUUUGCUGAUCAGUUUCUAAAUAGGAGCUAUGUUUGUGAUGUUUGGAAGGUAGGAUUGGGGCUAGAACCAGAUGGGAGUGGCAUGAUCACACGAGGCGAAAUCAGAAGCAAAAUCAAGCAACUUUUGGAUGAUGAACAAUUGAAAGAAAGGGUCAAAGAUUUCAAGGAGAAAGUUCAAAUUGGCACUGGACAAGGUGGUUUGUCAAAGAAUAAUCUAGACAGCUUCAUAAGGUGGCUAAAAACUUAAAUUACAAGCAUUUUCCAGAUUUGAUUUAACCAAGUUUUCAGAUUCCUUUUCUCCUCCCUCCCCUCCUUGUGUUUCUGUGUGUUUUGCAUAAUGACUUCCUUUCUUAUCUUAGUUCAAUUGUAUUUUAAUAAUAAAAUUGCAAACACUUGAAUCAUCUUGUUAUGUAGACGUCAUCAUUUUUAACCAUGAAUUCAUCUAGUA